UCCGUGGGAUAGUUCCUGCCGUGUUGGUUUUCCUCGCGUCUUCCUUGUACCAGCGCGAGGUGAUUGUGGUUUCUACGAUGAGCUCCCAGAAAGGGAACGUGGCUCGUUCCAGGCCUCAGAGGCACCAGAAUACGUUUAGCUUCAAAAAUGACAAGUUUGAUAAGAGUGUUCAGACCAAGAAAAUUAAUGCAAAACUUCAUGAUGGAGUUUGUCAGCACUGUAAAGAAGUUCUUGAAUGGCGUGUAAAAUAUAGCAAAUAUAAACCAUUGUCAAAGCCUAAAAAGUGUGUUAAAUGUUUACAAAAGUCAGUGAAGGAUUCUUAUUACAUAAUGUGUAGAGCAUGUGCCUGUGAACUUGAAGUUUGUGCAAAAUGUGGAAAGAAGGAAGACAUUGUUAUUCCGUUUAAUAAAGAAUCAGAGAAGACGGGAAAUCCUGAAAGUAAUCUGCGUUCCAACCAUAGAAGUUGCAGAAGAAAAGAAGAAAGUGAUGAUGACUUAGAUUUUGAUAUUGACUUAGAGACAAAAGACAAUCAAGUGGAUUAAUAUAU